AUGCGUCUCUACUUCUUGGCACUGGCAUUGACCGCGGCGGCAGCCCCAAAAAGCCUAGCAGCUGAAGAACAUGUCGCCAAAUUUGGUGAUACUCGACCUAUUUCAAACGAUCCUCGCCCCGUCAGUGGCACUGUUGUUCCUCGCCAACAGCCCGACGGGACCGAAGAGGUUGGCUUCGACGUUUACGUGCACGUUGUUGGCAGGCCUGAGGAAACAAAGGCCAAUCAGACUGAGUUUCUUCUCACGCGCGACGAUGUGAAGAGUCAGAUGGAGGUGCUCAACAGGAGCUUUAAACCAGUUGGCAUCUCGUUCAAGCUUGCAGGCGUGGACUGGACGGCGAUUAGUACUUUGGCCCCCUAUGAAAACCCCUUCUCAAACAUUCUAUACAACAAAGAGCUUGAAGGCAUAUACAAGGGCGACGAUAAGGGCGACAAUACUACACUAAACCUCUAUUUCCUAAAUGGGACCAACGGCCAUGGGGGUAUAAGCCAAAACUUUUUUUAUUUGAAACGUUUUGUAUUCGUGAAUGCGAGAACCGUUCCCGGUGGAACUGAACCUUCCUUCAACAUGGGCUUAACUACCGUCCACGAGGUCGGCCAUUGGCUCGGGCUUGUCGACGUCUAUAAAGUGAAACCUUCGUGGGGGACCGCAGAAGACUUCAGCAAGGCAAGAGCGGCGUGUCUCAAAUUAGAUGGCCCCUGCGAUACCCAGGUCGAGUGCCUCAACUACAUGAGCUAUGCCUCCGAUACAUGCAAGAAUGAGUUCAAUCCCGAACAGAUUAGAUUUAUGAAGACCUAUGCCAAGGAAAUGCUAGCAGGCGGAACCCCUCAGCCUAUUGAGAUUGAUCUGUAG